CGGGCCUCUUCUCAGCUAUCGGCAGCGGCGGCGCUGCGGGAGCUCCGGCGGCCGCGAUCCUAAUGGCUGCGCGCGGGCCGCGGUGAGCGCGGGCGGAGAGCUACGGGCGUGGGGCUGCGGAGAGCGAGAGCGAGCGCGGCCGGACCCUGGCCAGGCCCUGCCCGACCGGCCGAACCCGCGAUGCGCCCCGGGGUCGCCCCCCGGCGCAGCUGACGCCGCGGCCCGCGGAGACCCCGGCCGGUCGGCCCCGGAGAGCGGCCACCCCGGCCCAGGCCGCGAUGGCGGGGAAGGCAGCUGCCCCGGGCACCGCGGUGCUGCUGGUUACGGCCAACGUGGGCUCGCUCUUCGACGACCCAGAAAACCUCCAGAAGAACUGGCUGCGGGAAUUCUAUCAGGUCGUGCACACGCACAGGCCGCACUUCCUGGCCCUGCACUGCCAGGAGUUCGGAGGGAAGAACUAUGAAGCCUCCAUGUCGCACGUGGACAAGUUCGUCAGAGAACUGCUGUCCAGUGAUGCGAUGAAAGAGUACAACAGGGCGCGGGUCUACCUGGAUGAAAACUACAAGUCCCAGGAGCACUUCACGGCACUAGGAAGCUUUUACUUUCUUCACGAAUCCUUAAAAAACAUCUCCCAGUUUGACUUUAAAGCCAAGAAGUAUAAAAAGGUCACUGGUAAGGAGAUCUACUCAGACACGCUGGAGAGCACGCCCAUGCUGGAAAAAGAGAAGUUCCCGCAGGACUACUUCCCCGAGUGCAAGUGGUCGAGGAAAGGCUUCGUCCGGACGAGGUGGUGCCUUGCGGACUGUGCCUUUGACUUGGUGAACAUCCAUCUUUUCCACGAUGCUUCCAACCUGGUUGCCUGGGAGACCAGCCCUUCUGUGUACUCGGGGAUCCGGCACAAGGCCCUGGGCUACGUGCUCGACAGAGUCACUGACCAGCGAUUCGAGAAGGCAGCCUACUUCGUCUUUGGCGAUUUCAACUUCCGGCUGGAUUCCAAGUCCGUGGUGGAGACUCUCUGCACAAAGGCCACGAUGCAGACCGUCCGGGCUGCCGACACCCACGAAGUCGUGAAGCUGAUAUUCCGAGAGUCCGACAACGACCGGAAGGUGAUGCUCCAGCUCGAGAAGAAGCUCUUUGACUACUUCAACCAGGAGGUUUUCCGGGACGACAACGGCACCGCGCUCUUAGAAUUUGACAAAGAGCUGUCCGUCUUUAAGGACAGACUGUAUGAACUGGACAUCUCGUUCCCUCCCAGCUACCCAUACAGCGAGGACUCCAGCCAGGGCAGGCAGUACAUGAACACCCGGUGCCCCGCCUGGUGUGACCGUGUCCUUAUGUCUCCGUCCGCCAAGGAGCUGAUUCUGAGGUCGGAGAGCGAGGAGAAGGUUGUCACCUACGACCACAUCGGGCCCAGCGUCUGCAUGGGAGACCACAAGCAGGGAAGCGAUGCCAGCGCCACGAGGGGACCCCCGGCGAGACCUCCCUGCGGCACGCGGAGCCACGUGCUCCGACAGCCGCAUCGACAGACCCGCCUGAGCGCCACUGCUAGACGGCCGGCCCCACACGUCGCUUCCGCCCCGGACGGCGCUCCGGACAAGCCUCACAUACCUCACUGUCGUGUCUGCUCGUGUGACAUCAAGUAGAAACAUUGGGAUUUUUUAAAUAAGUCACAGUCCUGUUGCCAAAACUCUAAUAGACAGCAAAGAGAUUCUGCAUUUUAGACUUCACGGUUUUCGAUUUUUAAUCAUUGUCAGCGUGGAGGAGCUUCUCCGGCGUAGAAACCCCACAGGGCUCAGGGUCCCCUCCGCGGCGGGGCGGCCGGGGCUCUGCCGGCCGGCGGCGCGGGCCCCGCUUUCACUUCUGGAGGCCCCUUCCCUGUUAGUCACUCUACUGCCAUGUUACAUGGUUUUUGAAUCACACUGCAGCUGCUUUCCAUUUUUAUAUAUAUAAAUAUAUAUAAAUAUAUACUUUUUAAAAAUAAUUUAUAAACCUUACAAAACUUACGCUAAAUAUACUUUCCAGUAUGAACGCUUGAGUGUCAUAUCAGCAGGUAGAAUAGGCGUCUAGGAGUUUGGUUACGUGCACGUCAACACACAAAGCUAUAAAACAAGUACUACGACCCAGCAGAGCCGUCAGGGGUCAGACCGACCACAGCACAUCCAUACGAGCAGUUGGAGACUCCUAGGCCUUUUUCUAUCUAAUAUUAAGAACUGAAUGUGAAGUUUAUGGCUAGCUCGGGUGUACCUUUUAAGAAUUUUGUAAACCGUUUUGUCUGUCUUUUGUUACUGUUCUAUGGUGCCAAGUAUUCUACAUAAAACAAUAAUAUCAUGGGAGAAAUAAAAAUAGCUAGUCUGCUUCUGAUAGAAACUGCUUGUAAUGUGGCCUGUAUAUAAAAAUAUUCAGAGAAACAAACUGUAGGCGUCCUUGGAUGCCAAACCUCUAACGACCUGUCGUAACCCUGCUGCACGUAUUUGCUCCUGGCACCCGGCGGAGCAGUGAGAGGUGGUCCCAGGGCCCGUGGAUGAAACACAAACGAACGUUUUAUUGAUUUGCUUUAACACUACAGAACUCCUGGGCUGGGUGAAGGCGCUGGGUAGAAGCUUGUUUUGGAUAAAUCACAACCGUUGCAAGUGAGCUGGCGUCCACGUGCCGAAUCUAUGUCCUUGACAGUACCGUCGGGGUCUGUGUCAAGCUGUGGUCGCUCUGCUCUGGCCGGCUCACGGCGAUUCUGUGCAGCGGGGUUUCAGCUGUUGGUCACUCAGGAGGCCUUUGGAAAUGACCGCUCUGGUCCCUAAGCAAUAAAAUCGAUCGUGGUGAAAAUA